CGGUCUCGCGUCCCCGACUAGUUCAGUGUGUUUUUGACGUCCGUGCACGCUGUCGUGGAUCUCUGAGCGCCCUGAGAUACUUUUAUUAAUAGUUUCAUUCGAGUGAAGUCGAGUGUCGUUCGUGACCGCCGUGUUUACUCCGCGUACCAUUAAAAUGAGCAUUGCCGAUUUAAUCCAAGCCGCCGAAUUCAUCGAACGCCGUGACCGAGUUUUGUUCAUUGCAGACGCGGAACACGGUUACGCCUCGGCGUUACCUAUAUACGAAGAUCCCAAGCCGGGGGGGAGACGUCCGAAGACGAAAAAAUCGCAGGGAAGCAGGACUACACAUAACGAAUUAGAAAAGAACAGGAGAGCUCAUCUCAGAAGCUGCUUGGAAAAAUUAAAAGAAAUGGUCCCGCUCGGUCCCGAAGCUUCACGGCACACAACACUAGGACUAUUAACGAAAGCUAAAAAGUUUAUAAAGAGCCUCGAAGAGCGGGAGAAGAGGCAAUUAAGCCAUAAGGAGCAACUAGCUCGGGAACAAAGGUACCUGCGACGAAGAGUCGCGCAGCUUCGGACCACGUCCAGGGACGUGUCGCUGAGCCACUCGGAGAGCUCGAUGAGCCACGGGCACACGACCCGGACCGACUCCUUGUCCUCGCUAGAGUCCUCGUCGGGGGUGUCCACAGCGGAGAGGUCGCCAUCAUCAGUCUCAGAAAGCGAUGAAGUGGACGUCAUCGGCUACACGUCGAACCAGAGCGACAGUGAGUCGCUAGUGUCGGGCUACAGCGCCGACAGCGGAGUGGGUGAGGCGGCUCGGCGAGGCAGGCCCGUCUCCCCCUACAGCUACACGACGCUCGUGUACACGCCCCAGACCGCGUACAACCGCCCCAGACGCACUGUAAGAUCCACGAGGGUCUAGGUGGGCGGUUGCGGCGCGUCGCGUGAACAAUAUCAACGCACACGUAUAUAAAUAACGUAUACAAGAAAACGUAGAACAUUUCGUUGUUACAUGUACAAAAUAUAAGUCGAACGUUUUAACUGUGACAGCGUCGCGCCCGCGCCGCGUCACGCUCCCGACAAGACAUCGCACGACACACCCACACACCUCUACGAAACAUCACUAAGUACAAAAUUGCCAAAAAUCAAAGUGUUUUUUUUUAUAAUUAUUAUUAUUAUUAUACACAUUUCGCUCAUCAGAAUUUUAUUUACCGAGCUUGGCUCGACACGGUCGAUUGCAAUACUAAGUGAUUAGACUGUUUCUAUUUUAUUUUAUUCCAUUCGUUUGUAAUGAUAUAACGUCGAGACAUAGCAUAUUCCACUGUGUUGUAAACACUUAAAAUCGUGCAAUUUUUAUAUUUUUUUUUGAAACUGCUUAUCUGAUGUUGUAUUACCUCGGCCAGUUUGACUAAUCACAAGCUCGUUCUCUUUACCAAGGGAUCCUUUGGUUGAGUAUAUUAACAUUUUUAUUUUUCUACUUAUAUAUUGGACAUAAUCGAAUACAGUUUUUUUUUUCAUAUACUUCAAACUCUCUAAGUACUUAUUAAUUAUUGUUGUUUUUAUUAUUUUGUUGCUGAAAUUUAAAAAUAUGUGUUAUGCAAUAUGUUGUAAAGAGAAUAUAUUAAUAUAGUAAUUUAAUUUUAUAUUUAUCUGUGUAUAUAUAUAAUUAUUUUUUUUGUAAAAAUUAACGAUUAGUUGAUAUUAAUUUGAUUGAUGAAAAUAUUGAAAUAAUUUUGAUUUAUAAACAUAAAAAUAACAAAUACAAUAUUCACCCUCAGAAUCGAUAUUGCAUUAGCGGCUUUGAAACGAUUCGUAAAAUAAUUAUUCGGAAGCGUUCCAUUGAUUUCACUAUAACAUAAUUUAAUAAACAUUACAGACAAGAAAUAAAAAAUAAACAAAUUUUAUUUCCUACCCUUUCGUUUCAAUCCGGAAGCCCAGUUGCUUAAAUUUCAAUAUUCGUAAAAUAACUUUGUAGAUAGUUAAUUUAUUUUUCGAAAAAUUCAGUUCUUACCAUAUUUUUUUUUUGUUGUUUUAGGAUUCAUUCAUUGAAAUAGCUUAACAGGACAUUUAGUGUCGGUCUUUCUUCGUUAAGAAGAAACAAUAAUGAUGUUUUUUUUUUUUUAUUUAUCGUUUCAAUCUAAAUUUCUCUAAGUUUUUGUUGUAGUUGUCUAAUUUUAACGUCAUCAUUCAUGAUAACUUUAAAUUUGUUGUUCCAAAAAUUUAUUUUGUAUUUUACCACGUCGCAAUAUCUUACAACGUGAAAGCGACAUUUUUCCAUUUACCAUAUUAACAUUCUAUAAAAAAAAACACGAAACUUUUAGACGGUAACUCUAUGGUUUUCGCGAACCGUAGACUUAUUUAAAACUACCCACACAGCUAUAAUCUAGCGGAUUUUUUUUCUUCUUUCUUUUAAUUAUUAUUUAAUUAUCGCCUAUGUUUCGAGUACUUUGUAGUCGCGGGCGACAUUGCAAGUUUUUUUUUAUUGCUUAGAUUGGUGGACGAGCUCUCACAGCGCACUCGGUGUUAAGUGGUUACUGGAGCCCAUAGACAUCUACAACGUAAAUGCGCCACCCACCUUGAAGUCUUAGAUGGUACUUAAUAAUUGUUUUCUGAGACUGAGAACAAAAUGGUUGAUUGUGAGAUAACAACAGCGCGAAUCCGCGUACUAACGUUGGUUAAUUCAAUCUGGUUAAUAUAGUUGCGUUUAUAACUUUUUUAAUACAAAUACAUUUUUUUUUCCUACCUAUGCUGAUAGCCUUGAGAGGCUAUUUCAGCUUCACCCUAACGUGUGUAGGUGAGUUCACGGGGCUCAAACCGGAGAGUUGCUAACACUGACCCUAGCAAGAGCAGUGCUUCGCAGAAUCUACCACCGGACCGGAAACGCGACCCACUGAGAAGAUCCGGCGAGAAACUCAGUGGGCUAACAAAUACAUAAAACAUGUUAUAUGAUGUUAAAAUUAGACGACACAAGCGAACCUCAUCUUAAAUUAAGUUCAAUUACAUUAUCAAUUAUGGAAGUCAUUUUAAAAACACAUACACUCAACUCACUAACAUAUUUGUUUUAAUUUAAAUAAGUAUUAAUAUUUGAAUAUUAAUGAUCUCACUUUAAUGUCACACAGUUCGAAGUUUACGAGUCAUUUUACAAGGGAUGUUUUAUUUAAGGCUAGUCUGUUCGUAUCUGAGUAAUCUUCUAAAAAUAAUCGACAUUGUUAAUUUUAUUGGCACAAUAAACGACAAGCUUAGGUUUACAUUGUAUCAUAAAUAACAUUACAUUUAACAAUAGGAUUUUUGACUGUUUUACGGAAAUAAUUUUAUUUAAAUUAAUUAAUAGCUUCGUUGAAAGAUACUAUAAUAUGAAAGUUUUAAAACUCUGUGCCGACUGUCGUAUUCAUGAAAAAAAAAAGAGCAAAAACACGAUAAUUUUAGGACAUGUCCUUCUUCACUUAACGGUAGGCAGCGGCUUGGCUCUGUCCCUGGCAUUGACGGUAACCACUCACUAUCAGGUGGGCAGUGUACUCGUCUGCUUACAAGGGCAAUAAAAAAAUAAUUGUCGAUGCUUUCCAAGUCCAAUAAUAUUUUUUUAUUGCUUAUAUGGGUGGACGAGCUCACAGCCCGCCUGGUGUUAAGUGGUUACUGGAGCCCAUAGACAUCUACAACGUAGACGCGCCACCCACCUUGAGAUACAAGUUCUAAAGUCUCAGUAUAGUUACAACAGCUGCCCCACCCUUUAAACUGAAACACAGUACUGCUUCACGGCAGAAAUAGGCAGGGCGGUGGUACCUAUCCGCGCGGACUCACAAGUGGUCCUACCACCAGUAAAGAGCAAUAAAAUGCAGGUUCAAAAAAUAAAUAAAGAAAAAAUUGCUUUUGUAAAUGCUACAACGUCAUAAUACAGUCGAAUAAUCUAUUGCAACUGUUAGUUUUGUAAUAAUCCACCGAAUGAUUCCAGAAGCUGAUGAAUAAAACAUCCUAAUAUUUCGAUGACAUGUUCAUUUCGACAAUUUUACUUUACGUGGACAAAUGUACCAAAAAUGAUUAUACGUGGGGAGAAUAGGGUCGUUACAAUUCUAUUAUUUUUUUAUUGUUAUUUUCUCAAACAAAACAAUAUGAGUGCACGUAUACUUUCAUUGACAUCUUUAUAAAAAAAAAACGAGCGACUGAAUAUCAGUGGAUUUCGAUAAAACUGUGUGCUUAGUGCGCUUAGUUUUUUAACGUUCUCGAUAGCGUAAAAGUUAGCUCAUAUUUGUAUGGAAUAGGAUCGUUUGCCUACGUUCGCCGCUAGGGGCGCUGUUCCAACUGCAUACAAAAUUGGGUUAACUUCUACGCUAUCGAGAACGUUAAAAAAAACUCGCACUAAGCACACUGUUCGUUUUGUUUCUCCUUCGAGCGUUUGAUAUUCGCGUAAUGUUCGGGCCCUGACGAAUGAUGUUUGUUUUAAUUUUCUUACUAAAAUAAUGUAAAUUUGUUUUAAUUACGAACGUUUAUGGAUAAGUUUAGUUUUAAAAUGACAUUUUUUGUAAGUAUCGUUUAAACGACCGGUGAUCUCUCGUGGAAGGCGCGCGGCUUCCGUCGGACGCGACUCGCUCGCUCACAACACUCACACAUUAUCAUUCAUUCAACAACUUUGAUUAGCGGCUGCAAAUUGUACGUCCUGGCUACGGAGGGUAGAGGUAAGGAGAAUCUCGUAUGGGAAAAAGCUGAAAAAUUAUGCAACUCUAUCCUAUAAAUACCCUCUCACCUAUGGUAUGGUAGCAAUUCUAGAUGAACUGCAGUAUGCAGAGUAAAAAAAAAUCAUUUCAACUAAAGUAGUUAAUUAUGGAAAUUUUCAACAACUUACAUUGUACAAAAUAAUGCAAUAAACCUUAUAGAAUUAUUACAAGAAGACGUGCACCUAGAGUGAUUUUAUUUCGUAAACAAUGAAUAAAUAGUACGGUUAUUGAUUUAUUGACAUUUCAUUUUAUGAAAAAGUAUCUGAAUAAAAGAAAAGUUAUGGAUAAAACUUCUCAAAUCUACUCUAGUAAUAAUAUUUGGUGCUUCCUUUAAAAUUUACCCUGAUGCUAAUGUAGCGCCACCCUAAUUUAACACAUUUCGACGGACAAUUUUCCUAUACACAGUUAAUUAUUCUUACCUCUAUCCUCCAUAGUCCAAGUCGUUGAUUUUUCCAUCUUCCUAAUGGUAUUUCAGCAAGUACGUAUAAUCUGUGCCCAAAUUAAAACAUAGAAUAUCUACAAAGACAUAGACAAGAGCAUGAGAAUCUUUGCCGCGUUUAAAAAAAAUAUUUUGGUUUCCUUUAUUUAACAUCGAAAACAAUUCGUUUAAUUAAUUUUAUUUGGAAAUCUAUACGUAAAUCCCCGAACUUCGUCAAUUGGUUUUUGUAUUUCUUAAGUGUUUCUUGUCCGAUACAUCAACUACCCACUUGAAAUGCUCAGAACUGCUUAUGUCAAACUAUGUCUUAUUCUAAAAAAAUUACAUUACUCAAUAAUUAUAUUUUGUUCGUUAUUGAAGUCGAUUUAAUUAAUAAUUAAUAAAAUCGACAUUUAUAUUAUAUAGAUUCGUUAAAAAAAACUGAUUUUAUUUCUAUUGACUUGUUGUUUUGAGUUGAAUAUUUUCAGAAUAAGACACUUUAAUCUCUAUUCCAAAUAUUACGGAGAGUAGAACUUAUCAAAUACGAAGCUCUAACAUGUAAAAAUGACAGUUGUGUAGAUCUAUCUAGAACUAACUAUCCUUAGAACUCAUAUCUCAAGGUGGGUGGCGGAAUUUAUGUUGUGGAAGUCCUCCUCCGGUAACCACUUAACAGCAGGAGGGCCGUGAGCUCGUGCACCCAUCUAAGCAAUAAAAAAAAUAUUGAAGGAAGGAACUUCAAUAUUUUGGAUAUUCAAAGGAUUUCAUUAUAUAAUAUGUAAUAAGCGGAAAUGAGUACAACUUCACGUAAAUUUAUUUUUGCAAGUGAUAUAAAAAUGCAUCGAAUUAUUAAAUGCAUCAAAAUAAGUUGUUAACUUCAUUCAAAAUUUCCUCAUUCGAUUCCAAUUUAUUCAUCAGUCAUUUUUACUCCCGUCACUAGAGCUGUACCACUGUCAUCUUUAAAGUUGUUAAAUGUGUCUUCUUCGUAUUUGGAACAGAUAAAUUUUAAGGAAAAUGAAAUUUUAUUUAUUUAUUUUAUCAUAAAAGAAUAUAUUUAUUUUAGAUUGUUUAGUGACCAAUUAAUUUCGUGACUCGUACCAGUGUUUUCUUUCAUCGAAUCGCUACUUGUUGAUUUUCGGUUCAAUGCAUUCGCUACGGACACUAUUCAUGUAAUAUUGCAUUGUUUUUUUUUUUAUUUAUUUGUAUCUAGCACUCGUAUUCAAUUUUCAUUCCGUGUCCUAUACGUUUGACGUUUUUAAAUCACACUCUAACGUUUAUUUGCAAGGAGUGUUCAAGCGGCGACGGGACGCCUAUAAUGAGUACAAAUUCUGUAUAAGACUUCACUUUUGUUAUAUCUAAAUAUUAAUUUUUAAACUAUGUAACAGGGACGCUAUUGUCUACGAAUAGCUAAGUCUAAUAAAACGGGACACGCGGGCCAUCGAAUCUAAUCUAUAGUUUCGUUGUAAUCUGUUUUAAAAAUUGUCCUAUUGCUACAGUGUUUAUUUUGCGAUAUCGUUCGAUUGUUCCAGUAGUUGUUUACAGCGUAAAUAGCGCUAAGUAAUAAUAUCACUGUAACGAUAGGGUAGUGUGAGUGGUUCUGGUGUGAAUAAACAUAUUUAUAGAUAGAUAAUCUUUUUAUGAGAUAUAAAUACGUUGAGGUCAUAAAUUGUAACAUAUGCAUCAGAACCACCAGGUGACGCGCUAAGUGACAACAGAGCGUGAUAUUUAGAUAAAAAAAAUUUUUAGUAAAGCAAUCUUGUCAUAGGGACUGAACAUUCGUGAAUUCCUUGGCCAUUUCAGGCGUGCGUCACAAUUCCGCGCAAUUUUAGGCCGUGUGUCAUUGUUAAAAAAAAAACAUUACGCUGAAGUUGUAAAAAUUAACAGUUGUAAAUAUUUGGGACAAAAUUUUAUACAAAUAAAUAGAUAUAUUCUUGGACCAAGAAACGCGGAGUUGUGACGCAGCGUCGCCUGACGCGUUCUCGUUCGCCUAGUACCAAACUGUUCUCUGUGUAUUGGCGAAUAAAUAUACGUUACUAUCUUAAUAUUGUUGUAAAUGGUGAAGCGGGCCGAGCGCGGUCAUUCAGUUAUUCUUUUGUCGUCGAUGUGGAGGAAAAGGUUGUAAAUAAAGUGCGUGAAUAGUCAUCAAACAUCUGUUAUAGGUUCCAGUGUUUUGUAUAAACGUUUGAUUGAACUAUCGGCAACAAUGCGAUGCGAAAAGUGGAUUAUCGAUAUUGAAAAUCGAAUGCGGAAUUAUCGAGAUAAAGGCGCGGCUACGCCGAUACGAAGUGUCUCUCGUCAGAGUAAAAAUAUUGUACUGACUGUUGUAAAUAAGCUGGUGUGAAUAUGUAACUGCAUCAAUCAAUGUAAUUGACGAAAUUGGCACUUUUAUUAUUUACUAUAUGUAAGAAAGUUAUAGAAUUAAUUUAAUAAAAAUAUAAAUAAAUAUUU